GUUUGCGGAAGUGGCCACUUGAUUUUUUGUCUGUCAGUAAGCUUAUUGAUGCAUCUGUCAGCUGGAGUUUGACACGCGCUGUAUUCAAAAUAAAGCAGCUGUAAAGUAUAAUAAAAGUCGGUUUCACUUAGAAAAUCCGAGCAGAGGUUCACACACUGCAAGUGCAGAGCAGCAACGUAAUCAGGAUGCAAACAGGAGCUGUGGUGGCCCCUGAGCAGCCACAGGGGGGGGCCACCGCAGUGACAGGUGAGCAGGGGGAUCUGGCUGAACUGGCCCAUGGGGAUGGGGGGGUCCCUGAGCUGCCAGAACUCCACAGCCCCAAACCACAGACCUUCGAUCUCUUCAACAUGGUCAUCUCCUUCAAGAGGAUGGAGAUCUUCCUGGAGCCCCUCACUGACACCUGGGAGCUGGUCAAGUACGUACUGAGGUGGAGAAUGCCUGUCUGUUCGCUGCUCUGCUGUCUCUUCUCGAACGUCAUCUUUCUAACGCUGAGUGAAGCGGCGUGGUUCUCCCUGCUCCUGCUGGGUAUCUCAGCCCCAGCUGUGCUGGGGUAUAUGCAGGACUGCUCCCAAGAGAGCCCUUCAGAGCUGGUCCUGCAGAGAAAACGGCAUCACGCUGUCCAGCGCCAGGACCUUCAGACAGUGCAUCUGAGCAGAGAGGAGGCACUGCUGGAGGUCAAGGGGCUGUUGGUGCAGUUGGAUGAGAUUCUGUCACGAGCAUGUCUUUCUGCAGAGUCUGUGUACCGAGUGUUGUUCUGGGAGAACCACAACACCUCCUUCCUGUUCUAUGGGGGUCUCCUGACUGCACUCUGCCUGGUGUAUAUGGUCCCUUUUUGCUGGAUCCUGGCAGUGGUUAACAGUGCCGUCUUUCUGUGGAACAGAGAAUUUGUGCGAGUUGUGCUGGAGUACAGGGAGUCCUUUUACCAGAGACGGCUCAAACCCAAGGAAGGACGUGGUGAAAACAUGGAACCGGAGCUAGCAUAUUUUAUGGACCGGACUCCAACACCUACCAUUGUGGAGGAUCUGUCCCCAGGGAGUGUUGAUGAGGCAGAAGAGGUGGGGCCUGAUGAAGAGUUUAAAGAUGCUAUUGAGGAGCAACAGCAGCUGAUUUUGCCGGAGCAACAGCUGAUAUUACCGGAGGACGAUGAAGUCCCACCGUGCACUGCUGAUUUUGAUCUUGGGAUUAUUGACAAUGGCCUGCUAAGCAGAAACGAGCCAAUCAGGAGCAAAGUGUCCAAACUGACUGAGAAGCUGCGGAAGCGCUAUCCUACGAACAACUGUGGCAAUUGCUCCAGCUGCAACACCGUCUUCUCUGUGCUGAAGAAGAGACGCAGCUGCAGUAACUGUGGAAACAGCUUCUGCUCAAGGUGCUGUUCGUACAAAGUCCUCAAGUCCAGCAUGGGGGCCACCGCUCCUGAGGCCCAGAGGGAAACGGUGUUUGUAUGCAGCCCCUGUAACCAGGUGCUGAGCAAGAAGGAAUAUAAUCCAUGACACUUCUAUCUCUCCCACCUCUACCCCUACCCUUUUAAUCAUGUCCAUUCCUUCUCACUCAACUUCUCCCAGGACAGAAGUGACUGACUUGAGUCAUGAACCCAUUUUCAGGAGAGGCUCGCACAGGAUAGCUGGUCUAGGAUAUUUUUAAUCUCAUUUCCAGUGCUCAAGGGAUGCCAAACAUGGUGUCAGGUGUCAACAUGUAUAUUCUUUGUCAGCAUUUUCAUACUUUUUUUAAAAAGCAAUUUCAAGUAUUAACACAUUUGUAGUAGAGAGCCUGCAAUAGAAAGAAAGCACUGUUGGUGGUCUGGUCCUGGUCAAAAAAAAAGAAAGAAAGAAAGGUUUAAAUAAUAAGCAUGUAAAUAUAAAGUGUACAGUAUAUACGGAGAUCAGUGUAGCUUUGUCAGUGAGUUCAUCCUUGCAGUUGUGAACCACUUUUAUUGUUACUUUUUCCACAUCCUCUGACAUUAAUUGUAAGCAGAGCAACAGUUGUCAACUUACAUUUACACUUGGUUCAACAAAUAAAAGAUGAUUCUGAGGUGAUAUACAGUACAACAAAUAUCCUUGGUGGUAAAUUAUUCAUUUUAAGAAAGUCAGUCACUGAAUGUAAAUCACUGGCUGAAUAUGUAAAAGGCUACGAGGAAUAUGUCUUAUGCUUUAUUUAUGUUUAUUUCUGUCUUAAGGGUACAUUUUUCUGUAUUUAAUUAAUUUUGUUUUGUGUUUUAUUCUGUUAACGCUCACCCUUCUCAAUAAAUGCAGACAAGGA